GUGACAGUAACAACGAUUCUCCUUCCCUGACCUGCGCUCACAGCAGUGGUGAAGAUGGCAGCAAAGGACAAGAAGUCCUGUGGACAGGUGAUGGGCGAGUGGCGAGAGUUUCUCUGGAACCCCAGGACUCAGGAAUUCCUGGGCAGGACAGGGUCCAGCUGGGCGCUGAUUCUGCUGUUUUACGUGGUGUUUUAUACCUUCCUGACUGGCCUCUUCAGUCUGACCAUGUGGGUGAUGCUGCAGACGGUAAACGAAUACACGCCGAAAUAUCAAGACCGAAUCACAAACCCAGGCCUGAUGAUCCGUCCAAGAACAGAGAGCCUUUAUGUUGGGUUUAAUGUGACACAGGAAACUACCUGGCAGAGCUACGUAAAUGCCCUCAAUGCUUACCUGGACUCCUACAACGACAGUGUCCAGGUUUCCACCAAUGAUCAGUGCAAGCCGGGGAAGUACUACCUGCAGGAGGAUAGUGGGGAUGUGAGAAACACGCCCAAGAGAUCGUGUCAGUUCAAUCGCACCAUGCUGGGUCAAUGCUCGGGGCUCGAAGACAAGACUUAUGGAUACAGUGAGGGCAAACCCUGCAUUUUCAUCAAGAUGAAUAAGAUUAUUGGCUUCCUGCCUGGUGAAGGGAAGACUCCAUAUGUGUCCUGUGAAGGGAAGGUUAAAGAUACCAAUAAAGUUCGUGAGGUACAAUAUUUCCCUCCCAAUGGAACCCUGGACUUGAUGUACUUCCCAUAUUAUGGAAAGAAGGCACAUGUGAACUACACACAGCCAUUGGUGGCAGUGAAGUUUGUGAAUAUAACACACAACACUGAUGUCAACAUUGAAUGCAAAGUUUAUGGGUCAAAUGUGAAGAAUGAUGACGAGCGGGACAAAUUUGCCGGCAGGGUAGUCUUCACACUCAACAUUGGCUCGGGUGGAGCAGGAGCCUCUUAAAUGUUUU